AUGUUUAUUUUAUUCUGGAAAAAUAUUUUCCUUUAAUUAAUCUGUAAAAAUAUAGUCUCUUUCACAUAUUUCUAUUACUACUCUUGCAAUGUUAUAUGCGUCAUCAAUUCCUUUGUGUUUUAUUCCUUCGAAUUCUAAAUUAACACUUUUUAACAUAUGGUCUAUAUUUAAAGGAUUUGGAUUAAUUUCGACAGGGAAUAUUCUUUUUAAGUCUAUAAAUUCCUUAAAAACAGGUUUUAGGUUUAUUUAUUUAAAAUCAGUCUCUUUUCUUAAAAAGUUCCUUAAAUCAGAAUCACAAUCAUUUAAAAUAGAUACAUUUUAACCGUCUUUCAUAUAUUUAUUAAGGAAUAUUUCAACACUUUUCAAUAUUUAAGGUAAAGUGGGGGCAUCAUCAACAUUUUCUUAAGUAAUUCCGGUUAAUUCUGUACAAAAAUCAGUCAAAAUAGGAUACAAAGUAGGCUUUACAUAGGAAUGAAAUUUAUCUACUAUCUUCCUAGUCUUCAAAUCAAGUACAAUUAUUGGAAAUUCGAUUAUUUCUUAGAUUCUUAAUCUCUUAUAUUUGUCACAAGUACACUCGAAAUCUAUAAUAAACAAAUAAUCGAGGUUUGA